UUCACCGAACUACGAUCGAGGACCAGAUCAGCACACAGGGAGACUUCUCCUCUGCGAUCUAACCGCGGAACCCUCACCUCCCAGGGCCAGAUUUUAGAUUUUGACAUCCCUGAGACGCUGGCCUCUUCCGUGACAGCCCACAAGUCAUUCACCUGAUCCUCAUCGCCACGUUUUGCAAAACUCGGUGCUAUGUCCAGACCAUCUCUUUAGUUACUGUAGCCUAUUCAGUGAUUGACUUCCUCUUCUUCUUCCUCCAUUCGUCCUGCCAAGACCCCCAUCGGUCCUCUCGUCGAGCCGGGAGAAUGCAUUCCAGAACAGCGGUGGUCGCGGUGGUCCUCCUGGGGCACGCGAUGCUGCUGCCCUUCACCUGGGCGCAGAACGCCGGGUUUGUGAAGUCGCCAAUGUCUGAGAUCAAGCUGACAGGGGACACCUUUGAGCUGUACUGUGACGUGGUCGGUAACCCCGUCCCGGAGAUCCAGUGGUGGUACGCUGAAAUCAACCGGGCGGACUCCUUUAAGCAACUGUGGGGCGGGGCCCGCAAACGGCGGGUUACUAUUAACACGGCGCACGGGGCCAACUGCGUGAGCGUGCUCGGCAUCACGCGGCUCACUCUGGAAGACUCGGGGACCUAUGAGUGCCGAGCCAGCAACGACCCGAAGCGCAAUGACCACCGUCAAAACCCCGCCCUGAGCUGGAUCCGCGCCCAGGCCACCAUUACAGUGCUACAGAAGCCAAAGAUCAAUGCCAGCGAUCAGAUCAUACUGUCAGCCGAAACACAUGCCCAGCCCUUCACCAUAUGGUGCAACCUGACCACCACUGACAACGUCCCCCAGGAAAGCUUCUGGAUGAAGAACGGGGUGGAGAUAGAUACAACGCGGACCAAGAAUAAAGACACGUCGCACAGAAUCAAUAAAGCCAAGGCAGAUGACGCUGGGGAAUACAUGUGUGUUUACACAUUUGAGAAGGCACCAAAUGCUAACACUACCAUUGAAGUAAAAGCUGCACCUGACAUUACUGGCCACAAGAGAAGUGAAAAUAAAAAAGAGGGAGAAAAUGCAACAAUGUACUGUAAGUCUGUUGGAUACCCGCACCCAGUCUGGACAUGGCGAAAACUAGAUGGAAUAUUCUACACGGACAUCGAUAACUCUUCUGGAAGGUUCUUCAUUACGAACCGUGACAACUACACAGAGCUGAAUGUCCUGAACUUGGACAUAACCACGGACCCAGGGGAGUACCAUUGCAAUGCCACCAACAUGAUCGGCACCAGUGGAACCACCACUAUUCUACGGGUGCGCAGCUUGCUGGCACCGCUUUGGCCUUUCCUCGGUGUUUUGGCCGAAGUCAUCAUCCUAGUUAUCAUUAUCGUUGUCUACGAAAAGCGCAAGAAGCCUGACGAAAUCAUGGACGACGACGAACCAGCUGUACCAAUAAAAACAAAUUCAACAAACAACCACAAAGAGAAAAAUAUUCGCCAGAGGAAUCAGAAAUAGGAUGUGAUGGCUGCACAACAUACUCUGACCGCAUGAAGGUAUCAGAAGAUGUGGGAACUCCCAAGAUGUUUUUAAUAAAGCAUUUCUUGUCUCUCUUGGUGAAACAAUAUCAGCAUAACACUGGCAACAAAAUGAACAUAACGGCUGUCUUAAGCAUGCCUUAUUCAGUCUUAAUAGAAGAACGAUUUCAAGCCUGAAUACAAAGACUAAACCCCCGCAGAGGUGAACACAUUUUUAAUGUGCUGUUGAUGUCUCCCUUUUUUUCAUUACCCUGUCCUCCAAUGAGGUGAUCCUUUUUGUAUUACAUAUCAUGUAAAAUGCAUGCAAUAUAAUUACGCAAUAGGAUGCUCAGAAUAUACAUUUUCUGUGGUUAUCCCUCAUGUACUAGUAUGUGGCUUUUUUUGCGUCCGAAUGACCUAUUUUCCUUCCUUUUUUAUGGAGUCAUCUUGAAUUUAACAAAAAGAUAUCGGUAUAUUCUUGAAAGGUUUGUACAGCAUAUCAUGGUCAUUUAAGUAUGUUUGAUUUUGUGACUAGAGUCCACUUUAAACACAACUUUUAUGGUGAGGCAAGGGCUUCAAUGACUGUGGCAGUAUUUAACUGAGAGUGAUUACAGAAAAUGACUAUUGUGUGUUAAAACUAGCUAAUGAAAAAGUGUAUUAUGAUUAUUUUUUUCCAGAUUAUCUUAGGUGUCUUGUAUAUGUUGCGGUAUGAGUGUUCAAAUGAUAGCAAAUCUGUAAAAAAAUAAUAAUAAUUUUUAUAUUUCCCAAUUUAAUGGAUUGAUUUUUAUCUUUAUUUUUCUCUCUCUUCAAAUGUACAGCAUGGCUAUAAUCCUAUGGCAAUAUGUAUUCAUAAUAGAUAUAUGGAGGGCAGUUUGUUAUACUCAGUGAAGCUUUAAUAUCGUGGGAACACUUGGAAGCUGACUAGCAAAAUACACUGCUGUAGCUGCAUGACUCCUAUCAAUACAGUGUAUCUAUGUGUGUUGAGGUGCAAAUGGACCUGACUUGGGUUUGGAAUGAGGGACCACAGUAACGAGCCACGAUCUUACAAAUGAGACCAAUAUUUUUUUUCUAAAUAAAAAAAAACCUAUAAAACAAA